ACAGGAGGGAGGAGAGGGUGGUUUCGAGGGUUUUUCAUCCACCGAUCCAGGUAAACUACAGGGCGAUGACACCUCCAGAGAUCAAAGUGAAAUCGGAAAAAAGAAGAGAUUUUUAUCCCGUCUUCUGAUUUUCUCCUUAUUCUGUGGAUUGUUCUUGGAUCUUCUUGUUUGGUUGGGUUCUUGGUGGGGGGUUACUUGAUCUGGUGGGUCUCUUGGAACUCACAUGAGCUGAGCCCCUUCCUUCCUUGGGCGCCGUUUGGAUUUCGUCGGAUUUCUGGUGAGCGGGUUGGGGUUUUGGUUCCCGAUUUGGUCUCUGAGCUGCGAGUUUUUGUGUCCUGAGCUUGAAUUGCGCAGAGUUUAGAUGAUUAUGACCAGAGUUGUAUGGUGUGUCUGGAUGGGUGGAUUUCAGUUGAUAUCCAGAUCAGGAGUUGUUUUGCAGUCUCUUUCUUAUUUGGAUUCUUGAUUGGUUUCGAAGGGACUCGUGUGGCAAAUGCAGCAGGAACUAACCGAAUUAUGCUCCAAGAUUAUAUCUUUUGGAAACCGAUGAGAAAGAUUCCUGCUUAGGUGCUCAAUCUUGGAUGACUCAUUUCGAAUGCUCCUUGGAGGUGAUCCCCUCUCCUUUAAAUCGCGACCAUUUCUUGCUAUGGCAAGUUCUACCACAUCGAACUAUCCGGCAUCAGGUUAUUCUGAUAAAGAUGAUCGAUGUGGUAUUUGGAUCCCUUCGCUGUCAAUGAAUGCCCUCCGUGUAGGUGACGCCAAGAUAUGGUUGUGCGUAAGAGGUUGGAUUAUGGAUCCCGUGGCCACCAAGUUCCAACUAUGCCACGUGUUCCAAACUCAGCUCGGGGGAAACGCUCUACAAGAAGAAAGAAAAAUGAGAUGUACGCCUUUGAUUUGCUUGCGACCGUUGCGGGGACAUUAUUAGCAGAUCAGGAUAGUUCAUCUAAUGCUCCUAACAUUAAUGGAGCAGUGCCUUGUUAUGCAAAAAACAGGAAAUCAGUUAAAGAAGCACACUUUGAUGAGAUGUUGCCGCCAAAAAAUUUGGCUAUGGAGAAAGACCGCUGCAAUGUAUGUGUAGUGGGUUCUGGUGAUGUCCCUGCCUUCCCUAGGCAGGCUAAUGCCUGCUUGGAAGAAAACUCGUCGACAAGAAAUGAAACUGAUUCAGUAUUAGAGUCACUAACAGUGAAAUCAAAUAUGUUAGUUAGGGACUCGUUGGUUAGUUGUACAAGAUCAUGUGAGCUUAGUCGUGAUCUUGGCAUAAUUCCUGAGUAUGGAGCUUUUGGAGUUAGUCACCCAGGAUCCACAAAUUCAGCAGAGGCUGAACAGGGGCAGCAAGCUGAACAGAAAGUGAUCAGAAGUCAAGCAGAUGGGCAUGCCACAGCUCUUUACAGUUUGUUUAACUCUGUGGAUCUGGAUGGGAGACCUCCUGCUUUGGUUAGCUCUGACAGUAGCUCAGGUGUGCCUUUGUGUAGCCAUGACAAGGAACAUAAAACCUCUUCCUUCUGUCAGGGUGAAGUGCAGCAUACUGCAGCUAGAGAUGAUGACGAAAAUUCUUCCGGGUGCACACAUCCAAGCACCACAGGAAAUAAGGGUUACAAACCACAUUAUCUAGGUGAUCAUAGGAUAAGGAAGUUGUUUGCCUCAAAGGUUAGGAAGACAGCUCAUAAUAAGAUACGUGGAGGGAUGUCCAACAAAGGUAGCAGGCUAAACUUCUGCGGGAAAAAGAUAUCUACCACACAUCAAAAGGUGCAAAGGACAUUUUUCAAGAGGAAAAAGCUAGCGCAACACCAAUUUACAGCAUCAUUUGCUAAAGGGAUGUUAUCUGAAGGUCAAAAUGCAUCAUGUGGAUCUGAGGACUACCAUGUUAAGCUAAGAAUCAAGUCAUUCAACAUCCCAGAAUUACUCAUUGAGAUUCCUGAAAAUGCAACGGUUGGUUCAUUGAAGAGAAGUGUAAUGAAUGUUGUCACUAGUAUAAUGGAAGGUGGCCUACAUGUUGGUGUUCUUAUUCAAGGAAAGAAUAUUCAAGAUGACAACAAGACACUUCGUCAAAUUGGGAUAUGCCGUGCUGAAAAACUAAAUAACAUAGACUUUACGCUGGAAUAUGAAGCUGGGCAAGAUUCUCCCUCUGGAGUCAUCGUACCGGAAGAGAUGGAUUUCCCCAAUGCAGAUAUUGUGGAACCAUUGGCUAGGAUGAAGUGUGAAGAGCCUUUUCCUGAAACUAAUUUCGGUGAUGACAACCAGCAGCCUAUGCAUGCUUAUCCAAACUGCUCUCUCACUGGUCCUGGUUCUGUUCAUCGUCCUGUUGACAUGGGCUCACAAGAUACAUCAGCAAGCUCCCAAGCCAUCAUCCCCACUGCACCUGCAGACUUUGGUUCUCUAGCCAUUGCGCCUCUUUGUAAGUCAAAGCGAUCUGAUAUUGGGCAAAGACGCAUAAGGAGGCCCUUCUCUGUUGCUGAGGUGGAGGCGCUGGUGGAAGCCGUCGAACAGCUUGGGACUGGAAGGUGGAGAGAUGUUAAAAUGCGUGCAUUUGACAAUGCUGAUCACAGGACCUAUGUUGACCUUAAGGACAAGUGGAAGACCCUGGUGCACACUGCAAGUAUAUCCCCACAACAACGAAGAGGCCAGCCACUUCCGCAAGAACUCCUAGAUCGUGUGCUCUCAGCACAGGCCUACUGGUCCCAGCAGCAUGCAAGGCUUCAGGACAAGCCUCCCGGCAAGGCUCCUCCUGUUCUUGAGAUUUGCCUUGGCUAGAAAGGAAAGCUGAUUCUUCUGUAAAAAUUGUGCCUAAUAGAAACAAUGUAGGGGAGGGAUGUCCAAAGAAAUUAGACUAAUUUGUGCGUUAUUCCAACUUUUUCAUUGUUUGUCCUUUGGUCGCUGUUCAAGCCAGGGGUUCUUUCCUUUGUGGAUUAAUAAGGGAGAGAACCUUGUUUGGCACUUGUAAAUGAUGUUAAAUACUAUUCCCAUAUUUCAACAUGA